UUGAAGAUGGAUUUGGGUUUGCUUGAAGCUCUGGAGAGGGAGAGGAUCUUGGAAGUCCUUCGCAGAGACAAACAAUUGCGCACAGUGGAAGAACACAGGAUCAGGAGAAUGAAAUUCCAGCUCCAGGAGCUUCGAAGAAAAGGCGCUAAGAGUUGCGCCAAGGAGUACGGCGAGCGGACAUGCGCUCGCUGCCAAAGGCCGCUGGGAAAGUUCUAUAACACAGGCGCGGUUUGCCGCGGGUGCAGUCACCGAAUCUGUAGCAAGUGCCGUGUACGCGUGGGCGAGGCGGCGUGGAAGUGCACGGUCUGCUACGCCUACAGAGAAGUAAAGAUCCGGUCCGGUGACUGGUUUUUAGAGGAAAAGAUGAAGAAAUUCCCUGCUAAAACAGAUAAAUAUGAGCCAGUUGGGGAGGAACUGUUAAAGACUUACAAUGUACUGAGUUACAUAUCAAUUGUACCACCGACUCCACCGGCCCACACGGAAUUUGACUUUCUGAGCAAAUCAGGGGAUUACAAAAAGUCCAACGAUCUCCUCAAAUCAGUGGAAGAUCUUGUCUUUUCAUUCGCUAGUAAUGUUCGAAAGAUGUCCUCAUCUCAGAAUGACGUGAGAGCAAACCUGCUGAACGUGGACUGCAGUGAGCAUUUGUACUACAGGACCCAGAAGAGCCUCUCUGACACAGACAUUAGCAAAUCUGCUAAGCUCUACCAAGGCAACAGUCUUCCAAACCUGUUCAAGAAAAGUAAAGACAGCGACCACGAUGGCUCCUCUACCGGUGCCGAAGAAGAAACCUCCAACAGUUCGGAAAACUCUGAUAGAAGAAGAGGUAGUUUCAGCAGCAUCAGCACAGAGUGCAGCUUGUUUGAGAGCAUCAGUGCGAGUGGAGACAUGGAGCUGGCUGUGGGUUACAACACCAACACCUCCUGUCUGGAGAUCACAGUGGGAGCGUGUCGAAACCUCCCUUAUGGAGACGCCAGGAAAAUGACGUGCCACCCGUACGUCAAACUAUACAUGAUGCCACCCAAAAGCAACAAAAGGAAGACUUCAGUCAAAAAAAACACCACCAAUCCAGUUUAUAAUGAAGUUUUUGAAUUUCACAUAGAGCGCCACCUUCUGAUUGGAAAGAGAAUGCAGGCCUCUGUGUGGCAUUCAAGAUCUCUGAACAAGAAAGUGUCCUUGGGCGAGGUCCUGAUACCUCUGGAUGGCUUUCAAUACGAUGACAAAGACUUCCAGCGUUUCAACUGGUAUCCACUUUGUCCAAAGGUUAGUAAACGUCCAGAGGGAGGUGCUAUGGAGCUGAAUGGAGGAGAACAGCUGAUCAGAUUUCCGUCUGCUUUCAACAGUCAAAGUGAGCAAAUGUAG